AUUUAAUGCAAAAUCCAUUAAAUAAAAGUCGUACAUUUUUAAGAAGGAAAACAGAUUUACUAAAAGAUUAUUUAGCCGGUGGAACAGCUCUUUUACUAUUUGGAUUAUUUAUUUCGUUUCAAUACAAGAAAAUCAAUCCACCUGAUCCAGUGGAUGAACCUUAAUGUAAAGAUAAUGAAAUUAUUUAGAUAGUUAGGAGUAUAACAUUUUAGAUUUUGUUCAAGAUAGUAUUAGAAAAAUAACAAAUAUAAAAUAUAAUUAAAUUCUUGAGUAAAGAGAGAAAAAUGUUUAAAAAAAACACACAGAAUGAG